GGGAGGGAAAGAAAGAGAUGCGGCCGCAUCCGUGAGUCGCCUCUGCCGAACGGUGAGUCUCGCGAGUCUAGGACGGCGAGCUCGGGUGGUUCGUUGGGAGCCGAGCAGGUGCGCGGAGAAAGAUGGCUUCGGGCACAGAGAACGGCACCGUGCCGCAGUGGAAGCGGGACCUGAUCCAGCGGCGCAGACAGCAGAGCAAGGUGCUCGCGAGUAACGGGGCGAGCGUUAAGUUGUGCUCGGCAGUGAUCGGCUUAACGGGGACGGCGGAUCCGGCCGACCCGUCGCUCGCCACGCGCUCGAUAUCGGGGAUUUCUGGAAUUCCAGUAACCCAGGAUCGCUGUACCGGGAGCGGAAACGGGGACGCCGACGGCGGCGGGGCGCUGAGAACGCGCGACAACGCCGCCUGUACGGCCAUCUUAAAGGGCGCGCGUGGCGCCACCUCCACGGCCCCUGUCGGAAACGCGCCACCCGUCGCGGAGAGCGUGGCGCUUCGGUCUUCAGUCGCGUACAACAUGCGUCUCGAGGCGGAUGCGUCGCUUUGUUCCGACUCAGAGGAUGCUCUGAGUGGCGUCAACGGAGCCGAGGAGACGGAUAAAAAGAACGAGACCGGAAUGGACGGGACGGCAAGUAAAAGGGUGCUCGGCAAGCUGGACGGUGACGUGCUGACCGUCGAAAAUGGUCGCACGUCACGGGGCGCUAGCAAGCGGGAAUGUAACUCGCCGGUUGUGGAGAGGAUUAACAAUCAAGUUGGAAAUGGAGGCACCUGGGAGAAGGACGUUGUCAAAAUCGGUGAGGACUGUGAGAGCGACAGCUCUGAGGAACUUCAAUACGGUCCCGGUAUCGUUAAUAAACUCAAAAGCAAGUAUCUUAACCUCACUCUCCGUGAGACGAACAGAAGUCGCGCGUCCGUUCAGAGAUUUAGGAGGGCGGCGAGUUUGGAGGACUUGUUGGACAGGGAGGAUGAAAGUGAGGAAAAGUCCUGCAGGAAAUACGUUAAAAGAAACAUCGGAGGGGUUUGCGGCAAAGCGGAGAGGUACCGGAACACUGCCAGGGGCAAUGAGUCCAUGAAAAGGGCGAGGAGCGUCGAAACCCUUUUGAGAUAUAACAUCGUAAACGACGAUGGAAGGCUGCCCGUGGUAAGUGCGACGAGACAAGAACCCGUCAACGAUCACAUAGUCUUGAUAGAUAGAUCCUCGGUGAAGAUCGAGAGUCGUCUCGGGGACUCCGAGAGGCCGAAACCGCUUAAUAAGCCGAAGAGGAUCAAGCCAGUGUUGGCAGAAACGGAGAGGCCACCCCCGGAUCUAGUCAAGACCACGAUGCGCAUCUUUGAAUGUUCUGCUAAGAAGUUGAAACCCAAGGGUGAAGUCGCCGCUAAAGUAGCCACCUUCAAAACCAUUAACGAUACCUUUAAAGCUCAGAAUCAGAAGAAAAUUGUUCCCAAGCCCCCGCUACAGCCAAAACCUUUUAUAAAUGGAACCGCAAAGACCCCUGGGUCACCCAAGAAAAUUGUGUCUCAGAAAUCCACUGCCGAAAUGAUCGAGAGGCAGCUGAACCAGGACGAAUAUCGUAACGACGGUGUUAUUACGGAUCCAAUUGUUCAGUCCGUGUCGUCGGUAGUUAGCAAAUUUCAGCAGAUUGAAAAGGCGUUGUCUCCUUCUCCCUCUCCAGAACCAUCUUACAAGUUAAGAUUUUCACCGGCUCCAAGUCCUGAACCGUCUAUCAAUAAGCGAAAAAACUCUUUGGAGAUGAGCGUGAAAUCUCCUCCGUCAACACCGGUAUCAAACUCUCCACGUGUUUCGCCACCUCGAGUUCCGUCUCCAGGUUCACCGAAGAAGGAAUGCAUUUUUAGACAGAGUUCCAGCCCAAUUUCAAAAUUAUCACCAUCUAGCCCAAAUAAGGAAAACCUUCGACAGUUUUCCUCGUCAGAAUCGACGAAACCAACUUCGAACGAAGUCGAAGAGGAGGUCCUUAAAGUCAGUGGUGACGGUUCUAAGUUACUUUCGCAAGAGAUCCCGAAGAGCCCCGAUGGAGAUUGCAAAGAUCGAAUCGAUUCUCCGCUUCCCACUACAAGUACGACAAACGACGUAGAAGAAGAGGUCAUAGAUGGACCAAGGACUAUUUCCAAGUUGGCUUUAGAUAACAUCGGUAAGGCUGGCACCACUUUCCAAUUUAGCUUUAACAACGAACCAACUACCGGUAAGAGCUACUUGCCAGGAGUCAUGCAGAAUGGUCAGCAGAGUGCCCGAGAACCAACGACAAACGACAGUAUUGUGAGUGUCGAAACGUCUUUGGAAGCAAAAAACAAACUUCCGCUAGGGACUUCCAGCGUGGAGGCAGCGAAUACAGAAUGCACUGAAUCGGUUUCCAGGUUACAAUCGAGAUCGGAGCCUGAAAAGAGUGGAAGGGCGUCGAAGGACAGGAGAGAGGAUUCGACGAGUCCACCCUUGGAGAGAAAACCUAUCGGGGCUAUUUCCAGUCUUGGGCUUGUUCGAACCACGACAACGACUGCCUAUCCUCAGGGCAACGAAUCGAAAACUAUAAGAUGCCAGAAGUCCGAAUCGUCCUCUCCGCCGCAGAAACAAAUUGGCAUUAUCCGCCCCUUGGUGUCGACCAAGACUCAACUUCCACAGCAAAAUUUGAGCAAUCGAGAACUUGAAAAAAACCUGAUAAAUCGUGUCAAGAGCAUAGAACAACCGACGAAAGUAGUGGUGAGCCUGAAGAGUGCCGACGAAAUCCAACCUGUUAAAAAGUCAGGAUCGAGUAGUGGAGGACUGUGGGACACGAAACCCUGGAACCAACAGAACAACACGAUGGUCUUCAACUUCAGCAACCGUAAAGACGUUCCGGACUACAUUGAGAACGAUGGUCUGAUCAUACGGAGAAAGCAAGAAAAGCCAAAGGUCGGCGAAGGAGGCAUCAUCGUCCUCGAUGCUACCUUGGACGCCUCGACCACGGAUGAGGAAGAGUGGGAAAUGACCGAGAGGCCGCCAUCUCCUUGCGACGUCUCGUUCCUUAAUGAUAAUGUCCUCAUCAACGGCAAGAGCAACCUCUCCAAACAGCCGCGUAAUCACAAGUAUCGAAUUCAAUUCGACGACACGGCCACGAGCACCUUCGAGUACCCCAGCGAGGCGUCCAUGCUCGAGGGCGAGACCAGCAGCGUAGAUGGCGACACUUCCGGUUCCGGCGAACAGUCCGCAGCAAUCAGCGCCAACAAGCCCUCCGUCGCCAGUCCCACGACGAGCAUGACCUCCCUUCUCGGUGGAGGAGGUCUCGCGAACUUCACACCCAGCAAGGUAGACCUGGCGUCGGAAGGAUUUGAACUCGGAGUUACUAGAGCUGUGGUUUCCACGUCGACUGUGACUCCUUCGACGACAUCUCAACCCGAUAGUCUCACCGAGGUGGAUUAUUUAAAGCCUGCCCAAGACGCGGGAGCGUGGGGUUCCGAGACCACGACGGAUCUUCUGUUUUAAUAAAAACUCCAGAAUCCGAGGUUCUCAUUUUUCACGAAGAUAUAUUCUACGUCGAACGAUCUACUAGGCGUCCCCGAUCGAAGACACCAGAAAAUGCACGAAAAUCCCUCGUGGAAGCGUUUGCACCGGUGAGACAUUGCAGAUUCUUCAAAAUGAAUUAAAAAACGGCCGCGUGUCCGUUUAACCUUCCUCAAGAAGAAAAGCGAGAUGCAGCCGAAGGACAAAUGCUCUCGUCGACAUCCUCGACCUCAUCCAGAGAGUCUCGUCGACGAGGAUUUUCUAAAAUUCUCCUUCGGAACUCCAGAAUUCGACAUCGGAAGGUUAACGAGGAUACAAAAUUCAAGGACCAGCCUCGUUAUCCUUCGACCAAAGACACCAGAAAGGCAUUCUAAAAUGCUUACAGGAAGCGUUUGCACCGGUGAGACGUCGUACGUCCUUCAAAAUGAAGAAGAGAGCGGCAAUGUGUCCGUUAAACGAGUAUUUUUACGAGAAGCGAAGUCCUGCCGCGGAACUAUAAUAAUGCUCAUCUUUGCGCAAUCACGGCCGAUUCUCGCGAGCUGUUUCGUCCUCGCGAGUCGUCGUUAAGGCGGCAGACGACCAGUUUUUCGUAGUCUUUCUAACAUUAAGGGUUUGUCAAGAAAAUGAUCGAAUUUCCGAAUCGAGGUGUGCCACAAACGAAGGCAUUCGUUAGCUCAUUAAGCGAAGGCGAAGGUGGACGUAUUCCUGUUCGACGCAUGCGUUCGCAUUGUAGACGGAUAUUUCACGCAAAAGCAGAGAAAUUGAUCAUGGAGUGUGCACGAUAUUAACGAGUAGUCGGAACGUAAUGGUCGAUUGUACGUGUGCGUCUGCGAGCCAGGAUAUGUGUACGUGACAUGUAAUAUUCUAAUAUAUACCGGAUGUUUCAUUUAAGUUGACACAACGACAUAGCUCGAAAACCAUUUAGAAAAAUGCGUAUUAAAUAAAAUCUUUAUGGUUUUGAGGGAGAAAAAUGAUGGCGAUAAUUACUUGAUAUGGCGGUGGUUUUCAAAAUAAUUCAUAGUUAACUUCAGCUUUUUACAUUGGAACCAAUGUCUUUUACAUCACAGUAAUUUUAUAUCACACUGAAAUUAUUCAAAUUUUAUUUGCAACGUUUUCUUGCUUUAAUGCAUGGUUAUAGAGAUAUAUCGUCGCUUCAAUUUAAACAAAACAUCCUGUAUAUAUAAGACAAUGUAAGGGCUUGCAUUCGGCGUAAAGUAAUAUCGAAUUCUGUGACCGAAUGAAAAACAUUCACAAUGUUGACGGAAUAUUUCCCAAGGAAAUUUCCGUAUUCUUGUGAUCCGACUAAUCCGUCAGAUGUGCACGUAACUUGAUAAGCUGGAUAUCCGUUUACCCAAGUAGUUGGAUAUUUAGUCUUCUCAGUAAGGAUAAAAGCAGGACCUUGUCGAACAGCGAUGCAACUAUCUCCGCGUGGAAGGUAAAACAGUAUCAUUCCAAGUAUAUGCAUUUACUUUGUAUUUCUACGCUGUAUCAAGCGAGUAAACAAAUGUCCUUUAUAUACGAUGAAUUUAUCGAGAACUGCCAAAUACGAGAUCAUAUUCUCGAGCGAUCUUCGACGCGAAUAAGUCCAACGAUCGUUCUUCCGUCACUGUACAGACGAGACGAGCGCAUAUCACACUUUUGGAGAGCUUUUAGUGGAUAAUGGGAGAUCGAGAGGAGGGAACUGAAUAACGUUUAGAAUUCUUUUGAAAUUACUUUAAUAAGCCAAGCCGCAAAUGUUUAAGCUACCAGCUGACGGCCGGUAUCUUACACAAGGAUUUCUGUUUUGGGGGAAUUGCGAUUUUAAAUCGUAUCGAUAACAGGAAACUAGUAGAGGUAUAUAAACUCGGAGAUGAGCGGGGAGAUGUUUCACGCCAUUGUUUGAAAGAGAGGCAUAGCCCUCUGGCGCCCUCUACGCCCUUUACACAUUCUAUCGAUACUGUGCUGUAUUUGAAACAUUUGAAACCUUCUUUACUGAUAGAGAACAUUUCUCUCCUUUGAAAGCAGUUCCACCGCGUUAGGGAGCCGUAUCCCACUUUCGACAAUGGCGUGAAACAUCUCUGAUAAACUCAAAUUUUGAUCAGUAAAGGUUUUGCCAAAGUAGAGCGUUAAGUCUACUUAGUGUACUUAUUGCAACGGUGUACAUGAUAUCACUUUCUCGAUCGGUAGAAAUUGUAAGAAUUGUAAAUUGAGAUAACUGCGCAUUCCGCAUCACGGAGUGGAGGUAGUUCAGUCACCACGUGGUUCCAUCACCGAAUAUUACCAGUAAUUGUUAUUGCACCCUAUUGUUGGUUCUCGAUUGUUCUCAUUUCUUUUGGCGCAGGUGUAGGAGUUUUCGUAUAACUUUUGUUCGUACUCUAUUCGGUGGUUUCUUAUCAUUAGACGAGGCCCUUUAAAGUGAUUUUAGGAAUCAAUAAAUUCCCUAAAGAAAAAAUUAAUAAAAAAAAAAAAGAAACGGUCAAAUUGAACGCGCAGGAGGCCCAAUUUACUGAAUGUAACAUUUAAUUUUAAGCGAACUACAUCGUGUAUAUAUUAAAUUAUUGUUGGUCUUGAAAAGGAAAUGAUUUGCGCAAUCAAAAAUAAUUGAAGCGUUUCCGAUUCUGCGUGAUUCACUCUUUUCGCGCACUUCGUGUUUCUUUUUCGUUUAGGAAGUAAAGGCAGGUCCCUCGGAUGUUAAAACCUUAUUUCCCGUGUUUCGUGUUAGCUAUUAAUGAGUUUGUUAUACUUCGAAAGACCACCUAGGACAAAUCUUUCUAGAAAAUGUAGUUGCUACAUAUACAAUGAAUAAAGAUAUUAAUUUUGUAUACUCUGCAAAAAUUCAAAGUGCUCGAUUCAUUCCAAAAGUAAAUUCAGAAAUUAAUAUAAUAAAUAAUCAUUAAUAUACUGAUUUCUGUGGAUUAUCAAAUUUAUACAUUUCAAGCUGCAAGCAUAUUGUACAUUGUAAAGAAAAUCUGAUUUAGACUUAACGAACUCUCACUCGGCUAGUUAAUCGUCUCGUCUCAUCGAUGUUAAAAUUUCCUUAGGGUAGUCUUUCGAAAUGUAUGACUGUUUUGACAUGCGAUUACAGCAGAAGUGAAUAUGCAAAAGUAAUUUAUCAAAAAGUUGAAUGCCAUUUGAAUGAAUAAAUUCAAUCCGUAAUGAAUAAUUUAAUGGAGGGUUCGAUUGCUCAGAAGCAUUACUGUGUCCCUAUAAGACUUACGUGUUUGUAUUUAAAUACCGUGCCGGUUCGCUGAGCGUAGUCGGUAGGCCAUUGUCAUGGCAUCAGCAUUUUACAUUGUGAUAUUUUCAUUAGUUUUUGGAGCAUUUAAAAGAUAUACUUCCAAGCCCAUAUAGAAUGGUGAUAUAUGGAGGAAUCACUUUUUUCUUGCCACGUCAGUUCCAUCCUGCGAGAUGAUUACACGGAGCAGAAAGAAGAUUAGUGUUUACACAUUCCAAAAUUCAGUGAAGCGUCUGAAUCUUUAUUUCUUUCAAAAGACAAAAUAAUUCUUUACGUCUCCUUGCUUUAACUUGCAAAGCUCCGUAGUAUAUCUGUAAAUUAUUAUUGUACAGUAUGGAGGAGACUGGACUUUUUGUAGUCCCUAAUGCAUUUGCAGUUUACCAAGUAAAUAAUGAAGAGAAAGGAAAUAGUAUUACUUUAAGGUUACAAAUAAUACUUGAAGCUUGAAUUCAUAUUAUUACCUUGUAGGACAUACUUACCUUUUAGAAGUAUCAUGUGAUGUAUCAUUUGUGUGUUACGAAAUACUGAAGUAAUAAAAGCGGAUAAUAA